GCCAUCAUUCAUCCUCUGCAAUACCUUCACACCCUCCUUUCCAUCAUCGACAUCUUCUCCCUCUCUGCGUGUACUAUAGUGUGUUAAUACAGCAAGGAUGCUCUCCUCCAGAUUGAUGCGGAAUGCGAUUCCGCGCGCAUCACCAGUCUUGCGAUCAUCAACACACCGUGCGCCACUCACAUCGCAAUUCCGAAGAGGAUAUGCAGAGGACACAAAUGCCGACAGCGGCAAGGUGAAGGGCCCCAUCAUCGGUAUCGAUUUGGGUACCACCAACUCUGCCGUUGCUGUGAUGGAGGGCAAGUCGCCACGUAUAAUAGAGAACUCGGAAGGUGCACGAACAACUCCGUCCGUUGUCGGUUUCACAAAGGAGGGUGAGCGAUUAGUCGGUAUCGCCGCAAAGCGCCAGGCCGUCGUCAACCCAGAGAACACCCUCUUCGCUACGAAGCGUCUGAUCGGACGAAAGUUCAAGGAUGCGGAGGUGCAAAAGGAUAUCCAGCAAGUGCCAUACAAGAUCGUGCAACACACAAACGGUGACGCAUGGCUCGAGGCACAAGGACAAAAGUAUUCUCCAUCGCAGAUCGGAGGUUUCAUCCUCGGAAAGAUGAAGGAGACUGCUGAGGCUUUCUUGGGCAAGAACGUGAAGAACGCUGUUGUCACUGUCCCAGCUUACUUCAACGACCAGCAGCGUCAGGCCACAAAGGACGCCGGUCAGAUCUCUGGUCUUACCGUGCACCGUGUGAUCAACGAGCCUACUGCUGCUGCGCUUGCCUACGGUCUUGAGAAGGACGACAAGGUUGUCGCUGUCUACGAUCUUGGUGGUGGUACCUUCGAUAUCUCCAUCCUCGAGAUCUCCAACGGUGUUUUUGAGGUCAAGGCUACCAACGGUGACACUCACUUAGGUGGUGAAGAUUUCGAUAUCACCCUGGUCCGCCACCUUGUCCAGCAAUUCAAGAAGGAGCAAGGUAUCGAUCUCUCUGGCGACCGCAUGGCUAUCCAGCGUAUCCGUGAGGCCGCUGAGAAGGCUAAGAUUGAGUUGUCUUCUGCCGCUCAAACCGACAUCAACCUGCCUUUCAUCACUGCCGACUCUUCUGGACCAAAGCACAUCAACACCAAGCUCUCCCGCGCUCAGCUCGAAGGUCUUGUGGACCCUCUCAUUAACCGCACUGUCGACCCAGUCCGCAAGGCUCUCAAGGACGCCAACCUGAAGGCCACCGAUAUCCAGGAUGUCAUCCUCGUCGGUGGUAUGACUCGUAUGCCAAAGGUCACUGAAUCCGUCAAGAGCAUCUUCGGACGCGAGCCAGCCAAGUCUGUCAACCCAGAUGAGGCUGUCGCCAUCGGUGCUGCCAUCCAGGGUGGUGUGCUUGCCGGUGAGGUCACUGAUCUCCUGCUCCUCGAUGUCACUCCUCUAUCGCUCGGUAUCGAGACUCUUGGAGGUGUCUUCACUCGUCUGAUCAACCGCAACACCACCAUCCCUACCAAGAAGUCGCAGACAUUCUCCACUGCUGCUGACUUCCAGUCUGCUGUCGAGAUCAAGGUCUACCAGGGUGAGCGUGAGCUUGUCCGUGACAACAAGAUGCUCGGAAACUUCCAGCUGGUUGGUAUCCCACCUGCCCACCGUGGUGUUCCACAAAUCGAGGUCACUUUCGACAUUGACGCCGACUCCAUCGUCCACGUCCACGCCAAGGACAAGUCCACCAACAAGGACCAAUCUAUCACCAUCGCUUCUGGAUCUGGUCUCUCUGACUCCGAAAUCGAGAACAUGGUCAACGACGCCGAGAAGUACGCCGCCGCUGACAAGGACCGCAAGGCCGCCAUUGAGGCCGCCAACCGUGCCGACAGCGUUGUGAACGAUACCGAGAAGGCCCUGAAGGAGUUCGAGGACCGCCUUGACAAGACCGAGGCCGACAAGAUCCGCGAGACCAUCAACGGCCUCCGCGAGUUCAUUGCCACCAACCAGACCGGCGAGGGCACUGCCACUGCUGAGGAGAUCAAGGCCAAGACCGACGAGCUCCAAAACGCAUCAUUGACCCUCUUCGACAAGAUGCACCGUGCCCGCCAAGAGGCUGGUGAGGCGCCAAAGGAGGGUGAGCAAUCGAGCGAGCAGCCAAAGCAGGAGGGCUCCGAGGAGAAGAAGCCAUAAAUGACCUGUGAGGCUGUUCGUUUUGUUUGAUGUGUUCUUAUACCCCCGCGACUGUUCGCUAGCGCGAAUGGUCCAGAAAAGCGUCGAUUCCGGCAAUGUCUUUGCUUGUACGAAUACAUGGUCGCCAGAAAGGGAAGCUCUGCGCAGAUGACACUUGCAGACUACUAGCUGGAAGACGCACCUCAUGUUUUUAAUGUACCACAUACAGAAAGAUGUACAGAAGGGGAGCAAACUGGAGUGCGGCGCCUGGCGAAACCUGGUAGCAUUUCGCUCGCAUCACAUACAUUCUUGUAACAUGAUGAUGAUGGCGGUUUGUAGCAUGGAAGGAAGUGAAGAAGAGGAUUGGUAUGAAAAAUUUGUAGUUUUAGCGAUUCUUGGAUGUGUAAUGUCACCAAAUCUCUCUGCUCUGAUAA